UAAUGCUGUUAAUAUAUUAUCCCAAAAUUAUAAGAAAUUCGAUAUAUAAUUGUUGGGGGAAAAGGCAAUUGGCAUGAAAGAAAAUAAUCAGAUAGAAGUUAGGAAAAGGAAGCACACACUCUAAUCACACUAUUACAAUAUAAUUUAUCUUACUUAACCAUAUCCUAAUCCACAAUUAAUUUCCAUUUCUUAUUUCUCAUCACAAACUUAUGCAUAUCAAUAAUUAUCAUCACUCCUCACAAUUUUUCUCCCUACAUAAACGCCUCCCUAAUUUCCACAUCAACACACAAAUCAAGAAAAUAUAUAAUAAUUAAUUAAAAAAGGAAAAAGAAAAAAAAAAUCAUUAAUUAAUUAAUUAGCAGCUGAUAUUAAUGGCGGGUGGAGCAGACGCGCUGGACUCAAGAGGCAUCGUGACAGUCGCCGCCGGAGAGACACUCCGCCGGCCACGUGGACGUCCGGCGGGAUCGAAGAACAAGCCGAAGCCGCCGAUCAUCAUCACUAGGGAUAGCGCCAAUGCUCUGAAAGCCCAUGCAAUGGAGGUCACCUCCGGCUGCGACGUCGGCGAGAGCCUCACCACCUUCGCCCGCCGGAAGCAGCGCGGCAUCUGCGUGCUCAGCGCCACCGGCUGCGUCACCAACGUCACGCUCCGGCAGCCGUCCUCGGCGGGCUCCGUCGUCACCCUCCACGGCCGCUUCGAGAUCCUCUCCCUGCUCGGCUCGAUUCUGCCGCCGCCGGCGCCGCCGGGUGUGGCGGGACUCGCGGUGUACCUCGCCGGAGCUCAGGGGCAGGUUGUGGGCGGCAGCGUGGUGGGGCCGCUUGUAGCCUCUGGCCCGGUCGUGAUCAUGGCCGCGACUUUCAUGAACGCCACCUUCGACCGCCUGCCGCUGGAUGAGGACGACGGUGGUGAUGAGAUGCUCGCCGCCGCCGUCAGCGGCGGCGGCGGCGGCCAGCAGUAUCAGAAUAACAGGCGGCGCCACCAUGUCGAUCAUGUUCCGGAUCAUGUGUACGGGAUUCCGCAGAAUUUGCUGGCGAAUGGUACAUUGGGCACUGAUGGUUAUACCUGGGCUUCGGGCCGGGCCCCAUCGAAGCCCUAAAUUGAUUGAAAAUUAAAUUCUGUAUUAUUUUGGCUAAUUAUGCAAAAUUGUGAUAGUUCAAUUUUAUUUUAUUUUAUCUUAUUUUAUUUUGCAAGGCGAUAAAUGUAAUUACUGCUUAUGCAAAAAGAUGCGCAAGCAAAAGAAACCUUAAUUACACUUCUACCUCAUGUCUUAAUUAAUUUCAUAUUUCAAGUAUUUUAGUAUUUCUAACAUGCUUAAAACUUAAAUAU